GCCAAAAAAUCCGAUGGGCUUUUCACCAUUUCUCGACGAAUGUCGAGCCGAAGGACUAUGGCCAAUUGGGCCAUCUUGUAAUAAGAUAAUAUCAUUCGGAGUCUACACAUUCUUCAUCGUCGUCAAUUUUAUAGUUUUAUGUAUUCCAAAUUCAAAUUCGGCAAAUAAUAAUUAUCGGCGAAUGACAGAUGACGACGCCUCCAGCACCUCAAAGCUGACAAUCUCGAAAAUUCUAUCGAUUUGCACAAUUUUUGCGGUUAUUUGCCAAUCGAUUUUCUACUUUUGCUUUACUUUUUAUUUUCAUCCGUAUACACAUUUGCUCCUAGCAUUUUGUGUUUCAAAAUUGUUCUUCUGGAUUCUAUCGCUGUGCUCUUUUUCGAAAUGGCGUAAUCAACCGAGCACCCCAAUUUCACUGGCUUUUGCCUUCUCGGCAGCUCUUCUAAUUCACUGCAUUCCACUGACCGACUGGAAAAAGUAUUUCGAGCCAACGUCAAAAAAUCGCGGAGAUUUGACAUUUUAUAUUAUCGAGCUGGCACUUGUCACUGUCGUUUUCUUUUUCACAAUUGUCACCGGAUUAUUCAAUUUUUCCGGAUGUUCUAGUCGAGAAUCUGCCUGGAACAACCUAUCGAAAAAAGUGGUGACCGUGGCGCCGUACAUUUGGCCGACAAAAUCAAUUUCCCUCCAACUUCGCGUCGUUUUUUGUCUAUUUCUUCUCAUCAUCGGACGCCUCAUCAAUGUUUCCUUGCCGAUUCUUAGCAAAUGGAUUGUCGACGAGCUCGCCACACCGGACACUUUCCAGUACUCCCUCCUGUUUUUGGCCACAUUUUUGAAAUUCCUGCAAGGAAACGGAGCGAUGGGCGGUUUCUUGAACACGGUUCGCACGUAUUUAUGGAUUCCGAUUCAACAAUACACGACCCGAGAGCUUGAAGUGGAACUAUUCAAACAUUUACACUCAUUGUCACUCAGAUGGCAUUUAUCACGGAAGACUGGACAAGUUCUGCGUGUUAUGGAUAGGGGAACCAGUUCGGUUAAUAAUAUUUUAAAUUACAUCCUGUUCAACGUGGUGCCGACGAUUGCCGACAUCGUGAUUGCCGUCAUUUUCUUCUUUUCGGCAUUUAAUGCAUAUUUCGGACUUAUCGUAUUCGGCACGAUGGCUCUUUACUUGACUGUAACCAUCUCCAUCACCGAAUGGCGUACCCAAUACAUUCGCGAGGCCAACGAAAAAGACAAUGCCACGUCGGCGAUCGCAACGGAUUCCCUGAUUAAUUACGAAACUGUAAAAUAUUAUGGAAACGAGGAAUUCGAAGUGAAUCGAUUCAAAAAUGCUAUUGAGAGCUACCAAGUGACAGAAUGGAAGACACAAGCCUCUCUAGCCUUCCUAAAUUGCCUUCAAAACGCAAUUAUCGGAAUCGGAAUGAUCGGAGGAUCGGUGUUCGUUGUCUAUAUGAUUGUUCACGAGAAAACUCUCACUGUCGGAGAUUAUGUGCUCUUCACUACGUACCUACUCCAACUCUACACACCGCUCAACUUUUUUGGAACUAUUUAUAGAGUAAUCCAAAAAGCGUUUGUCGAUAUGGAGAACAUGUUCGAUUUGAUGAACGACGAAGUCGAGGUCAAAGAUCUACCACACGCACUACCGUACACGGAUCCACGUGGCACAAUUUCAGUCAAAAAUCUGACAUUCGAGUAUAACACCGGACUGCCUGUUAUCAAAAAUAUUAGCUUUGAAAUUGGAAAUGGACAGACUGUUGCAUUGGUCGGCUCAUCGGGAUCCGGAAAAAGCACACUAAUUCGACUACUAUUCCGACUUUUUGAAUCUACGGAAGGAAGUAUUGAAUUCGAUGGAAUUGAUGUUCGAAACUAUACAAUGCACUCACUGCGGCAACAAAUUGGAAUUGUACCACAAGAUACUGUACUCUUCAACGACACAAUUAUGUAUAAUAUCAGAUUCGGACGACCGGAUGCUUCAGAUGAAGAGGUUAUUGAGGCGGCGAAGGCAGCAAUGAUUCAUGAAAAGAUUACCUCACUGCCUGAAGGAUACGCGACAAUGGUUGGAGAACGUGGGCUGAAGCUUAGUGGAGGGGAGAAGCAACGUGUCGCAAUUGCCAGAACUAUUCUCAAGAAGCCGCAGUUCAUUUUCUUGGAUGAAGCCACGUCGGCGUUGGAUACACCGACAGAACGGGCGAUUCAAAAGUGUUUGGAGAAGCUUUGCAAAUCACGUACCGGAGUUGUGGUGGCUCAUCGAUUGAGCACGGUUGUCAAUGCUGACCUUAUUCUUGUUCUUGAUAAGGGCAUCAUUUUGGAGAGGGGAAAUCACAAGGAGCUUCUUGCACAACAAGGCACGUAUGCCUCAAUGUGGGAAGCACAAAUCGCCGAGCAACGUGCCAAAUCGAUUGAACUCGGCGAGGAGCUUCCGUAGAUCUGAUGCCCCCGAUUUUCCAAUUCCCAUUUCAGUACUAAAUGUUUGUUUUGCCUGUUUUUUAGGGAUCUCUUUCGUAUUUUUGAGCAUUUUUUCAUGUUUCGAAUUGAUUUAUUAUUCUUUUUUUGUAUUGCUAGAAAAAAAUUAAUAAAUUUUUGAAAAAG